GAGCGAAACGUUGCGGGCGAGUCAGUUUCCGCGGAAAAGCCGACGGGUUUGGCACGUUUUCACGCGUGAAGAAAAACAUGUUGGUUGGCUGAAGGUAUGAACACACACGAGCACACUUCAGACACCGAAUAAGAUUUCAUCAUCAUUAUGCAAGACAUCUUAUGUUAUCUUGAGGAUUGGAACUGCGGCAAAAUGCACUGAGGGAUUAAGAUGAUAAACCAUGUACAGUGAAAUAGGGAAGGAUCCCACCACAAGGUUGGCAGACUGUUUGCUCGAACAGUAAAAACUAAGAUGGGAAUUUGUGAAUUGCUAUAUCGUACCAUUUUUUUGUGGACGCUAUGGUUUUUACUACCCCUAAGUGCACAACAGUUCAUGUGGACCACCAUAUAUGUUGACGCCAACAAUCAAAUCGACCUGUGGACUCAAAAAGCAGAAGGCUGCCAAUGCCCAUGGGACAAAAACAGCUACGAGUGUGCAUGCUGUGUAGAGGAUGGAGGUUGCCCCUGUGGAAAACGCUUUCCCAAUCGCUGUGCACAGUGCGGACUUGAAUUUUAUUGCGAUCAUAUGUGUAACGUGAGUAUCGUUUCAUCGGAGCUGAAAGAAAAGUCGGGAAAAUCCUUCGGUCAGAUAAAAUCUCCUUCUUUACAAGGACCAGAUGCUUGCUCCUACACUUUCAUUCCUGAUAGAACUGAGAGGGUGGAAAUUCAAAUAUACAGGGUAGUCAACAUUGGAAGGCACAAUGGAACGAUUUGCAAUGGAGGUUUUCUACAACUGGCUGCUGGAACUGAACCAAUGUAUAGUAUUAGCGAUUAUCAAAUUUGUGGUGUCAACGAAAGGUAUUCUCCUCCUGUUGUGUUCUACUCUGACGAUGAUAUAGCAACUCUUCUUAUGCAAAUAACAGAAAAGACGAGCAGAUCCCAGUUCUUAGCGUAUUUCAGUUUCACUGCUAAAAAUAACUCUGAUGGUUUAUCGUAUCGGCCUAAAGGAGGAAUGAGACUCCAAAAUACAGAUUGCGACUGGCUUUAUCAGGAUUUCGCUUGCAACAAAUCCUCUCUCUCUGGAAUUCCAUGUACCCUUGCCAGCCCUGGAUACCCUGGAGUAUACCCUCCUCACAGACAGUGUAAAUAUCACAUCACUUCAAGCCACGAGAAUGUGUCAGUGAGGAUAAGUCUCACUGCUUUAUCUCUACCAACGAACUGUAAAAAUGAUUACAUAUCGAUUUAUAAUGGUUCUACUAGAAGUAGCCCUCUUUUGACUCGAAUAUGUGGCAAUCAACGGAAAACAGUAGAAUACUCAUCGACGAAUCUCUUAUUGGAAUUCAGCACGGGGUCACAAAAACCACCAUUUUCCUUCAAUGGAUUCGUUGCGAAUUUGAAAUUCUAUUUGAAGAAUUCAACAAAAGUCAUACCUUCAACAGAACCAUCAGUUAUAACAGACGUCAUCACAACAAAAUCUACCACAUCAACUUCAACUGUAGCCACGAGCAGAACGACACCAACUACAGCUACUUCUGGCUGCGACAUAUUUAUCUCCGGCAAUAACAGCCGUUAUGGAUACUUCGAUAGUAGAGAAUACGAGUGGUAUCCAAUUUGUCGUUUAGUAUUCUUUGGACGUUCGAGCGAUGUCGUUCACAUCUCUUUGUUCAAUUAUCGAUUGAGGGCACCUUCCUGUAGGUCGGUGAUAGAAGUAAUAGACAGCAACGUGGAAGACAAAAGAAAUAUGAUAGAGAGAAUAUGCAGUCCUAACACAAAGCAGAUGAGAGAACAAGCUGAUGAAACAACAGCCCAGAAAACUUAUUUAUCAACUGGAAACUCAAUCAUUAUAACAUUCCGCAGAAACUCCAAUGCAGCUAGCACAAGUGAAGCUGAAUUCCUUUCUGGAGCUUUCUAUUUUCAUGACGAACAACUAAGUGGAACAAUGAUACCCAAAACUUUAUGUGAUGUACGAUAUAAUGGUGCAACCAGUCCACUUGCUGGUAUGAUAGACAGUCCUGGAAGCCAGUAUUUAUUCAAGUCUUUGGAUGGUCCUCUGACAUGUCGUCAGCAAUUCCUUCCAGCUCCCAAUCAAAGUGUCACCAUUAAGGUACAGAUUGUAGAAAAUUCUCCUAAAGAACCAACAUGCACCACUCAAUGUGGAGAUCAUGGAUGUAGAUGCGUCUGGAAAACCUCAAUGAAAAACGUAGAUUAUCUUGUGCUUCUUGGAGAAAACGACUUCAAUAUAGCUUGCCUUUGCGGUCCCUCGCUGGUAGAAUGGCUUCCUGUAAGUGUUAGAACGUGGGGUCCUUUGACAAUUUUGUAUUCCAUAGCAAGGUACAAUUGGAACAAUAAAGGAUUGUCAUUUUCUGCUUCCUAUUCGUUCAAUACUGAUGGAAUUUGUGGUGAACACGUUUACACUGUUCACUCAGGAGAGAUUGUAAUGAACCACCAUAGUCCUGCUGAGAAUUUAAAUAGUUUCAAUUACCAAAGCUGCACAUGGAUUUUGCACUCAAAUGUUGAACGUCAGCUUGAGUUAGAUAUUUCCUCAACACAAAACCGUCCUUGUACUGCCUGGAAUAUAACCGUUCACGACUAUGACCCUGAUGCCCUUAAGAAAUAUUUAGGAAGCACACUGUACACUUUUUGCUCAAGAGAUAACAGCAAGCUUUUUGUAUUACCUUGGAAGUUGAAUACUGUUGUUGUUAGAUUAUUUUCGAUCAGUAGGACAUUACCACAAUUUAAAGUUAAGUGGAAAUCACAAGUCAUACGUGCAAGAUACCCUUCUUCACCUGCACCAAUUGGUGAUCUAUCAGUACGUGUGGAACCAAGUUUAAUAGGCCUUUUAUACCUGCUGUAUCUUUUUGGAAGACUGUGUUCUGUAUUUUACGGAUAUAGGGAAGUUUUUAGAUGAAUCAUUGAAGCGAAUCUACAUCGUCCUUAUUAAUAAAUGGUCAUAUUGGCACCUCAAUAGGAAAAAAGCUCAUUGGAAAGGAGUAGUAUGCCUCGACACGAUAUGUCUUAUGUAAACAGCUAAAAAUCCCAAGUAUUGUUUUUUCUUCUUGAAUGGAGUCCUUCAUUGCUACCAUCAUGAUAGGCAUCUGAAAUUUUCAGAACAAGAAUUUAAGGACCCAAACAUCAAUGUUGUGAUGUCAAAUUGUGAGAAAACAAGAACGGAGGUGCUUCUAAUUGAUGUUUUCAUUGUCAGCACAACCGGUACCCCAGCUCCACAAGAUUCCUACAGCAAUUUGCAACAUUUUUUGGUUGUAGUAGUCUAUUUGCAUUUUAUGUGAUGAUAUAAUAGGUAGGAAUUCAAAAAAUUGUAAUUAUAUAAAUGUUGAAGAGAAUCAAUGACUGGAAAAGCACACAAGAUAUUUUCAUUCUCACGAUAUGAUUUUCUCAAACAUAAAUAUCCUUGUGAGAAAAAUAAAUUACAUAUUUUUAGUGUUGUUUAAUGGAAAUAAAAGUAUGUCGUCAAUUUGGGAUUACGUUCAUCGUCAAUUAUAGAUUAACAUACACAUUCCUAUGAAGUGCAUUUGUUGGAAAUAAACUCCCUAAAAGUUU